AUGGCAGCAGCUCGGCACAGCACGCUCGACUUCAAGCUCGGCGCCAAAGGUGAGGACACGCGGCCGCCACCUGCCCGCCGCCCCCGCCGCCCCGGGAGCCGCGGCCGAACAAUGCGCCCCGCGGGGCCAUGUGCCCUGGCGGCCGGGGCGGGGGUGGGGUGGCCGCGCUCCGAUCGCGCCCCGAUCUCGCCCCGAUCGCGCCCCGUUCCGUCCGCGGGCCUGGACGGGGGCCGCGCCGGGCGCCUCCUCCCAGCCAAGCCUCCCUCCCGGCCCGGGUAG